ACCAUUUAAAACCACCGUAAAACAUGUGAUAUAUUGAAUUUAGUAUUUUAUCAAAUUCACUUUACCUGAGAAGUGUGUAUAUAACACCUGUAAACAUUAUGGCUUGUUUGAUUAGAAUGGACUACAUUUUUAUACAAGGGCAGAGUGCAUAUGUAAAACAAAAGUUAUACUAAAAUGAAGAGAUCUGGAUGGAAAUGAAAAUGGCGAAGACUUUAUUAUUCGUAAUGAUAUGUACAAUACGUUUAAAAACGGCGCUGCUCUGUCCUACAUUGUGUAAUUGCAACGAAGAAUACUACAUUUACUGCGAUAGCGUUUCGUUAAAUGAUAAUCAGUUACCAUUUGUACUAGCAGAUGUUUCCGAAACUGCAACAUACAUAGAUUUCAGUUACAACCUUUUACGAAAUAUCUCCGUUAAUUUAUUCACAAGAUUUCAGCAGUUGAAAUAUUUGAUAUUUUCAGACAACAAUAUUCAGAAUAUAGAUCCGGGAUCUUUUGACCAGUUACCUAAUUUGUUUGUUCUCGAUUUGAGAAAUAAUAAACUUCAAACUAUUGGAAGCAACAUUCUUUCUGCACAGACAAUUCUUAGUCGGUUAUAUUUACAAAACAAUGAUAUUGAAUCUAUCCAUCCAGAUGCAUUUCGGAAUUUAUUUCUUCUGAAAGAGUUGCAUCUACAAAGAAAUAAAUUAACUACGUUACCAUUAACUGUGUUCCGUGACAUGCCGAUGCUGACUUCUUUAAAUUUGUUUGAUAACAAAUUAGAAUUUCUGGCAGACGAUACAUUUUCAGGUUUGAUAUCUCUACGAAAAUUGUUCUUGCAAAACAAUGUUAUUUCAAACUUAUCGCAAAAAGCGUUGCAUGGCCUUUCUAAAGUUAGAGCUUUAUACAUCCAUGGCAACAGGAUUCUGGGUAUUGAAAAGAUUCAUUUUGAUGGAUUGCGAUCGAGUAUUCAGAUUUUAAAUAUAUCAGAUAAUCAAAUAGCCGAAAUCAAACAGGACACUUUCAAAGACAUGUACAAUCUUAAAACUCUGGACCUAACCAACAAUGAAAUACAUGUUAUAGAAAACUUUUCAUUUGAGUUACUUUCCUUGGAUAAUUUAUUAUUACAGGGCAAUAGCUUAACACAUUUAUGGAAGACAUAUUUCACGGGUGCGAAAAAAAUAAUGUGUCUUGAUAUAAGUUACAAUAAACUCACAGAUAUUUCAAACGAUGCGUUUGACAGUCUGCAGAACUCUAUUCGUAUACUCAAAUUAAACAAUAAUCAAAUAAAACAUAUCCAUGUAGGUAUGUUUAGAGGAAUGAAGUAUUUGCAAGAACUUAAUCUCGCUAACAAUCAAAUAAUAAACAUAGAUUCAAAUGGAUUUGAAGACUUGCAAAAGUUAAAAGUGUUAAACCUACAUAAAAAUCAACUAGAGUCUGUGAAUGGUAAAUUCAUACGUGGAUUAGCAUCUCUUAAGGUUUUAUACCUAGACUGUAAUCCACUAAAGACUGCAAUAGAUUUCAGUUUUAUCAAUCCAAUUCGAAUUACAAUGAAUCUUACUUUGCUGGCAGUCAUUGAAAACAGCGUUAACAUAUCCUGGCCUUUCAAACAUGGCAGUCAGAUUUAUUGGUCAGUUACCGUUAUUUGUGCACAACAAACCAAAAAUUGCUUGGUAGAUAGGAAACCAGAGUAUUUCCCGCCAUUUACGGAGAGUGUUUACUUAGCUAACUUAUCGCCAAGCUCUACGUUGUAUAUUUGUGUAAGUCCCAUUUUUAUUAACAGUGACAUUAGCAUUAAGCAGUGUUUAUAUGUAAACACAUUGGCCAAAGCAGCAUCGACUGCAGAAAAUCCUACUCUAACGACGGCACCAGUUUCAACGGGUAAACAAGUGCAUCCAAUACAUUUUUUGUACGCAGAGUUUAUUUAUAUAUAUUUUAUUUUAAUCUAUCUUAUACAUGUAAUCCUGAAUUAAAACAGUUAUCAUCCUA